UACAGAAUUAUCCACUUCGUAUUUGGAAGACCCAAAAGCAAAAGCACCCAAGGUGCACUCUCCUUUCUCUGUCCGAUUGCUUCCAACUCCGACCCAUCAAUACAUAUAGAUUUCGAGAUUCCAGAUUCCAGAUUCCAUAUAUAUAUACACAGAGAGAGAGAGAGAGAGAGAGAGAGAGAUUUGGGCCUAAGGAUCUAGGGUGGUGAUGCGAUGUCGAGCGAGAGGGUGUAUGUGGAGCACUGUAAGGGCAUUAAUGGCCUCGACAAGGUUGUCUUGAGAGAGGUUCGUGGUAGUUCUGCUGAGGUGUAUCUAUAUGGCGGUCAAGUUACAUCAUGGAAGAAUGAUCAUGGGGAAGAAUUGCUUUUUGUCAGCAGUAAGGCUAUUUUCAAGCCUCCAAAGGCUAUACGUGGAGGAAUUCCACUCUGCUUUCCUCAAUUUGGAAGUCAUGGUCCUCUAGAACAACAUGGAUUUGCAAGGAAUAGGUUUUGGAGUGUUGAUCCUGAUCCUCCUCCUUUUGCAACAAAUAGGACCAACAAAGCUUUUAUUGACUUAAUACUUAAACACUCUGAAGAAGAUGCAAAGACAUGGCCUCACAGAUAUGAAUUUCGCCUUAGGGUGACCCUGGGACCUGGAGGAGAUCUGAUGUUGACAUCCCGCAUUAGAAAUACCAACACAGAUGGAAAGUCAUUUACAUUCACAUUUGCCUAUAACAAUUAUUUCUCUGUUUCUGAUAUCAGUGAAGUGCGCAUAGAAGGUCUGGAGACGCUGGAUUAUCUAGAUAACCUGCAGGAUAGACAGCGAUUUACUGAGCAAGGGGAUGCAAUUACAUUUGAAUCAGAAGUGGACAAAGUAUAUGUCAGUACGCCGACCAAGAUUGCAAUUCUGGAUCAUGAGAAAAAAAGAACAUUUGUAUUGCGGAAGGAUGGACUUCCUGAUGCUGUGGUUUGGAAUCCCUGGGAUAAGAAGGCAAAGGCAAUCCCAGAUUUGGGGGAUGAUGACUACAAGCACAUGCUGUGUGUUGAGGCUGCAGCUGUGGAAAAGCCUAUCACGUUGAAACCUGGUGAGGAGUGGAAAGGAAGGCAGGAGCUCUCAGCUGUUCCUUCCAGUUAUUGUAGUGGACAACUAGAUCCGCUGAAGGUACUUCAAAGCGGCUAAAACGUUGGCUGUUUUGGUGCUGCCAUGUACAGGUGCUCUUGUUUAAUUCUAGGUUUGGUGCUUCAUGGUGAAUUCUUGCCAGGAUUUUUAUUUUGAAGGCAGAUUCAUAUGCUGGUAUUGUCAAUCAUGCAUCACUUUGGAGUACUAUUUAGCAUUUGGGAAGAAAAAAUGGAAAGAUGUCAACCAGUACGUUUAAUAGUCUGUACAUCUCUGAUUUUUUACAGAGUAUAUUUUUCCUCCCUGUUUCCUGCAAUUACCAUCUUUGGUUGAAUGUCUCUUCAUAUAUAUAAGCACAAAUGUUUCGAUUCCAUAUUUAUAAAUAUAUUGCAAUGAAAUAAUGUUUAUAUAUUA